UGUAAUUUAGUUUAAGAUGGGCAUUAGAUAAAUGCCCUUAGAUAAAAAAAAAGGGUCAUCUUAAUCACUUCCACAUCGUGAGGAGCCCGUGUUAUUUAACGCUGGUGUUGGUUUUGCCAAUAGACAGGUACUGUUAUCUGAAGCAACUGAAAAAGUGUCCCUAAUAUUUUAAAAUGUAACCAAUUUCAUGCCCAUAAGUACAACUUCAUGUAAAAUGUAAAAAUAUGUGACACAAAACUAAAAGAUGUAUAGUCAUCAAGUCAAACACUACAAGUAAAAUGACAAAUUUUCUCUCAUUUGCAUGUAGCAGAUUUCUAUUAAGCGAAUCCACACAUGUGUGUACACGCACACAUGUGUAUGACCCCUUUCAGAGUAUUAGAGCUAAUCAGCUUGACUGAUCUCCACUUGCCUCCGAUAGCGAUACGCUAAUCUGGAAUGACAGAACCGAAGCGCUAGCUGUUGCUCAGCAGCAACCUCCUGAAGCUCUGGUAGGUAACCCUCAGUUCGGUCAUGCAGGAUCCAGAACAUGGCCCCAAAAUGCAGGUGGAGCACACCCACACCAGGUGUUGGGUGUGUGUGCUGAGCUGCCUUCUGCUCGCCUGCCUGUACGUUGGCAGCUUGUACGUCUGGAGAAGCAGCUUACCCAGAGACCAUCCAAGUUUGAUACGGCGUCGCUGUGCCAGUGUGCUGCUGGUCUCUGCGCUGUCACCGGCGGUGGUGAAGGCAUGGAUGCACUGCGCUAAUGUCAAGGUCAGUGCGACCUUGUGGGAGUUGAUGGGAGUUCGUUUGGAAGGUCUGGUUCCUGCGGCCGUACUGCCACUACUACUAACCAUGGUAUUUUAUCUCGGCCCCCUGGUUCAUUCUGCGAUGGACAACCCCAAAGGCUUCACAGGGGCGCUGCAGUCCGCACUGGACGUUCAGUCGUGGAUGUUGUGUGCGGGAGACGCAGUGUGGCUCAGGAACCAGGUGGUGGCGCCGGUGACGGAGGAGCUGGUGUUCAGAGGGGCCAUGCUGCCCAUGCUGGUGCCCUGCAUGGGGCCCACAGCUGCCAUCUUCAUGGCACCACUGUUCUUCGGUGUUGCCCAUUUCCACCAUAUCAUAGAGCAACGACGCCUCCAUGAGGAUAGUAUGAGCGGCAUCUUCUUGGUGUCGGGGGUUCAGUUCCUGUACACGACUGUGUUCGGCGCCUUCACUUCCUUUGUAUUCAUGAGAACUGGUCACGUUGUGGGUCCAGUUUUGUGCCAUUCCUUCUGCAACAGUCAAGGGCUUCCUGACAUCAGCUCUGCGCUGCAACAUCCUCAACGAUGUGCUCUACUUUUCUCCUAUCUGAUGGGGCUACUGCUCUUUCUGGUGCUGCUCUUCAGGGUGACCGACCCUUUAUUCUAUGGAGAAAUCCCUGUCUACCGGCUGGCUGGCCCCGCCGCGUCUGCCUGCUAGAUUUAAUUAAGUACACUCUCGCUCAUUUGUAUUGUGAUGGUUUUCAUUUUUUAAUGGGUUUCCAAAUAAAAAAGGUAUUUUUUUAGUGA